UGGCAAAGGGCGUGUCUUUCGGGCGCGCUGGCACAAUUGGCCGUCUCCCCCCCCCCCUAUACAGGCGUGCGCAGAGAUGUUUAAAUCGGCUUUUAACCCCUUUGUCGCUAUUGCCGUUCAAGAUGGGGUAGAAACUUGUUCAAGAGUAAAUAGACCGACAGGAUAAUGGCGGCAGUAUCGUCUCCAAUUCUUACUUUAUUACUUCUGUAUCAGCUCUUUUGGGCUCAGCUGGGGUUAUCUAGCACCUCUUCCAUCACUGAGGACAUCUAUAACCGCCUAGUCCGGUAUACUCGUUUCUCGGCAGCUGCAUAUUCUUCCGACUGCCGUAUACCUCCCGGAGGAGCAACAGUUGUCUCAUAUAUCAAUAACAACACUACGGAUACGCAAGCUACACUUUUUCGGGAUGAUGCUCACCAAGAUCUGAUUAUCGCAUUUCGCGGCACCUCGAGCGUGCAAGAUUUCGUCUCGGAUUUCAAUCAAACCUUGGUUCCAUUUUCCGGAUGUGAAAAUUGUACGGUUCAUGGAGGUUACUUUCGACAAUGGAACUCUGUAGCUGCUGUGGUUACUGAAGAUGUGAAAUCUUCCCUAGCCGACUAUCCAACAUAUACCAUUAGCGUGACGGGGCACUCAAUGGGGGCAUCUCUCGCCGUAUUUGCUGCUCAGACCCUCCAUGCUUUAUUCCCCGAUGACAAUGACCGACUAACCACCUAUACAUACGGCCAGCCACGGACUGGGAACCCAUCAUGGGCUGCGUAUAUAGACUCCUUACUCUCCCAACCAGGCAAAUUGUUUCGUGUGACGCAUGCGAAUGAUGGGGUGCCUCAAAUCCCAAGCACUUCAGAUGGAUAUCAACACCACGAGGAAGAGUAUUGGGCAAACGAUCCACCAAGUGUGGAAAAUACUGUGCGGUGCGAAGGAGAUGAACCUCCGGAUUGCAACCUUUCUGAGCCGGGCUUCGGCCUUGGCAAUGGUGGGAAGGGUAUCAAUCUGGCCCAUCUCAUCUAUUUUGGAAUUUCUAUCGGCGACCCUGUGGAUCCAGGGCUAUCGAGCUGCAGUGGAUAGAGUUACAGAGACAAGCGGUCUUAAUGCAUGCGCUCGAUGCAGGAAUAAGAUAUCAUUGGAACAAAGUAUCUGAGUCCCUAUUCACCGUCCGUUAACGGGCCUCUGUUCUCAGUGGCACAAUUCUCAAUAUGACAGUUUCCUGCGCCGCAGAAAUCAGUUCCAUUGCGCAGACACGAACAAUAAUAAUGACUACAUCCGAGCUUAACUUGAGCCUUAUGUCUAUACAUUUGGG